AUGACUGUUUCAAUGGAUGGAUUCGCUUGGCUGCCCAUAAUGUCGGUGCUCUGCCUCGGCUCGAUCACUUUUUUCAUCGUCAAGAAGCGCAACGACAUUGCGUCGUCCAUUUUCGGAGUGCGUUCGUCGGCCACCAACCUCGAGGACGAAAGCGUUCCUGUGGCAAUUGAAACCCCCGUCAAAAACCUCUAA